AUGGAAGAAAGCUUAUCGGAUAGGUACUUCAGUUUUCGGAGCAGCUCAAAGCAGCGAAAUACGUCGCAGAGGUUUUUCGAGUUGAUCCUGAACUACCCCCUGUUCAACGAAAUCCGAAAUAGAAACCUGUCUAAUCGCUUCAGCAGCCUCUGCGUAAACGAUGGGGAACAAUUUUACCCGAAACAGACGCAGGUAGAAGUUAAAAGGAGAAGGUCGAAGAAGAAGGACUCAAGCGUGCCCAUCAGCGAACCCAACGAACUGACCACGAAUUUGAUUAAAAAUGGAAUAAGGCAAGAAGAUUACAGCCUCAUAGUGAACAACAAGUUUUACUCGAAGAUAAUUAAAAGGAGCGAAAAGAUUUACAAAACAUACAACGAUGAUAUUAAGGAUGAAAGAAGGAAAAAAUAUAUAUUUGAAAAAGUUAAGGAAAAAUAUUUUAAAAAAAUAGAAAACAGCAGAAUGUAUAUCCCACCUGUUAUUCGUGUGAAUUAUUCUGCAAGGAAAAAAAAAAAAAAAAUUUUGGACGAAGAAUUUAAUCCUUUUUUUACCUUUUUCGAAAGGGAUAUUAACAAAAAUGUGUACCACGACAGUAUCAAUUUUUCCCUAAAGACGAACAUCCACCUUAAUCGGUACUUUUACAAAGUAAUAACCAAUCAACUGCGCUACUACCGGAUUAAGAAAGACUUACACGUUCAUGUCCGCAACAUAUUGAAUGAGAUUUCCAAGUAUUACCACAGUUAUGGAUACGACAUUUUGACAAACGUGAAGGUAAAGUACUUCCCCUAUAACAGCCCCUCAAACAGUUUCUACAUCAACGGGCUGGUGUUCAGCAAUUGUUCUAUAUACUUCGACGAUGUGGAGAUAAAGAACCCGAAAAUAUUACUCCUGGACGCGGAAAAGAGAAACAACUAUGAAGUACUGGAACAAUGUUAUAAUAACAAGUACAAUUACACAUAUUUCAUUUUGAAAAAAUUGAGCAAUCGGAAUUUGAACAUUAUUUUAAUUCACGGGGAAAUAGACGUCUACACGAAGAAGUUGCUAAUGAGUAAGAAGAUAUAUUUUUUUACCAGCAUUAAGAAGAAAAAUUUAUGCCGCCUAUCCAACAUGCUGCGCACGAAGGUUUUAAGUUAUGACGACUUUGUAAACUUUGACAAUAACAGUUAUGUAGUCAAGGCAAAUUAUUUCAAAAUUGAGAGGUAUAGAAAAAACGUGAAGAAUAUUUUUCUCUGUUGUAGCGGCAAUUUUUUGACCAUCUGCAUAUUUGGGAGGAAGGAAAUCCGGGAUGGGAAUGAACCGCAGGUGGGAUAUACGCCCGCAAAUAGCAAAUUCACAGUUAUUGGAGUCACCUUUUCCAACUUGGACAAUCCAACUGAGAGAUCCGCACCGAAGAACAGAAUAAAAUCUCGCGGAGAAGACCUCUUCUACACGCUGCUUAACAAAGAAACGAAGAAACAAAAUAUACUGGAGAAUUUCCUCCAAGUGUAUUACAAAAACAAGAGUGAUGAUUAUAUAGUUGAUUAUUUUUUCCAACAUAAAGAAAAAAAAAUAGGUCUAGUGGAGACGGAAAGUCGUGGAAACAAGAAAAAGGCACUAAUCGAUCAUAUAAAAAAUGUAAUUAUAAUUAAGAAGGUUAAAAAGUUGCUAAAGUUCUGUCUGUUCUUGACUUUCCACGUAUAUAAACAACUGUAUUUGAAUAACUACAUGGGAAGAAUGCUGCAGAGCGUGCCAGCUGGAAGUAUACACACAAAUGCGAUUUGCGACAAUUUUUACAAGAAGCUGAGUCAGUCCAUCCUAUCCUCUUCCAUUUUUUUUUUCUACAAUGAUACAAAGAGAAAGAUAAAAAAGACGCCAAUAAAUUUCAUGUCGAAUUUGUUCCACUUAGUAAAUGUUAAUAACCCACUGACGAGAGAACGGAUGAAAAUUUUGCACAUGUUGAUAAAGACAAAUAAAAUUAUUAAGGACCAAAUAUGCAACAAUUUUGAACAUUGCUUCUUGAACGCUGGAAAAAACAAAAUAAUAGACGUAGUGAACUAUUUUUUUUUUAACAAUUUUAUGAAGAACUGGGAGAUCAAUUAUAACUAUAUGUAUUAUUAUUUAAAAAUUAUUAACAGCUCCUAUUUGUACUGCAAUUGGAAGAAUUUAAUCCCAAAUGAGGAAAAUUUUUUGAACGACUCAAAUUUAUUGCCUCAUCCUGUAUUUUUUAACGACGAAAUUGUGAUGGAGAGAAAGGUGAAUGAAAAGGCCGAGGAGGUUAUUGCCCAGAAUAUCCUUUUCUAUUGCUACCACUUGGAAGCAGCUAAAAAUAUAGAAAUGAUAACUUAUUUUAUCUGCCCCAAUUAUAUGUUCAUUAAUAAUUUGUAUAAUUGUGUGAACAUGUACCUCUUUGACAGCCAGAACCACAGCGUGAAGAAGCUCUUCUACAACUUUUUCUUUAACCACAAGUAUAUAUGCGACGUGUCGCUGCGGCAGUUCGUUUGCGUCAUCCACGAUCUGGCCUACACUUUGAAUUGCCCCUUCGACGCGUGCGGGAAGCAACUCGGCCACCACCAAAUAUGCAUCCAAAUAUUCCUGAAGAGAGUCCUGAUCCUAUUUAAAAAAGAAAGCAGCGAUCGAGAAGAGGACGAAGUAAGCAUGAACAUCAUCUGCAACAAGUGUGACAUGCUCCAGGAGAGAGUACUCAAAACGAACUUUUCCCUGAGCGAAUUUCUUCUAAGCAUUGUACACUCGGACAGUUACGUGAACGUUCAAUGCAACCACAAUGGGAAAAACAACACCUAUGAGUUGAGUUACAAAGAUUUGAAAGUUUAUUUCCUCCUGCAUGAUAACGAUAUUUACAAAAGUAUCAAGAUGCACAGAACGGGAGAGGAAAAGGAUGGCGAAAGGGCUAGCAAAAGGGCUGCGAUAAAGGCUGGAAAAGGUGUGCAUUCGCCAAGUAGAAGCAGCGAAGGUAGAAGUCCAGGCUGCUGUUCACACGGGAGAGGGCACAACAACUGUGAGGGAAUCUCCAACACAGAACGGAGAGUCAAAAGAUACAUCAAGAAGAACAUGAAAAACGUCAUUCGCAGUAGCGUCUUUUAUUACUACCCCUGCAAAUGCGUAGCGAGAAAGAAUAAAUGUAGAUUUGAAACAGGAAAAAAAAAGACAAAACGUCAAGUGUACACAAGUUUUAACCUCUACAAUGUCAUUGAAAAUUUUCCCUUUUUUACGAGCUCGAUGCUUCCCAUGUACUGCUCACUAAAGUAUUUAAUCUACAACUGCGCAAUUCAGUACUAUAGAUCUAAAAAUAGGCACCUUUAUGGGAAGCCGUGCUCAAAGAAGAAGAAGAAGAAGGAGAAGUUUAAAAACCCCGCUUCUCCCCUCUACUUUACAAAUAGGUGUAAAAAAUGUAAGCACAUAAAAAUUGCCAACUUUUGCGCGCUAGGAUUUUUCAAUGUCCUAUUCAUAAUUAAGAGGAUUUUCUUUAACUUUUACAUCGCUGUGAAUUUUCUCAUCGGUCUGAUCACUAAAAAUAUGCUUAUUAAGGUGAACGAAAUUGUGUACUGCGUGAAUAACACGGAAUACUUCAUAGAGGACAAUUUUUUGAUUAUAAAGGGGGAGAUGGAAAGCAGGAGGGAGGACGAGCAGGGGGGGGUGCAAUGGGGGGAAAAGUCAGAAAAGCGGCAGGGUGAGCCAUUAGAUGAGCACAAAAUUGAGGAACCAAGCUCCAACCGCGAUGGAGAUAACGAAGUGCUUAUCAAGCAAAAAUACGACCUCUUCAAUAGUGUGAUGACCCAGCUGAUGUGCGGGGGUGAUAUGGAGAGUACACAAGAAGGCGGCGCAGAUGGUCUUGCACACACCAUGCAUUCAUCGCCUGAUCCAAAAGGGGAUGUCACAUACAUGACGAAGAAGGACGAAACGCUCAACAGGAAAGAAGUACACUCGAGGGAUGCAAACAGGAUCGUUAACUGCGAUUCGAAACAGACUAGCAAAAACCACGCGUAUAUCUUAAAAGAUAUCAACAGAAUAAAGGAAGAUUUAAUAAAACAGUUCCUGAUAUUUAGAAAGUUUAAAAACAAAAUGGACCAAAAGAAAGAAGAGCUAACUAGAGUGUUCAGGCGUUUUUACACCUACGCCAUUGUGCAUCUGAUGGAGAAGGAGUUCUCGCUGGGCAUUGAAAUGUUUUUCUCCUUGUACAUUAGGAGAUUAGAAAAAAUUAACUUAAGAAUAGAAGGCGAUAUCGAAAGGAUGACGAAGUUGGCCAAUAAUAGGAAGCUGCAGUAUUUGAGUUACGUUGCACGAGGCGCCUGGGGUGGUGUGCGUGUGCGGCGACAAGUGAAGAAGAGUCCUAAGGAGACAAUAGAGGAUACGAAGCUAGACGCGGAAAACAGCGAACAAACUUGCUCGAUGAAGCCCAUGUCUUCGCCACCCACAACCUAUCGUAGUGCCAAGCGGAGUCCCCAACGCGGACUGGGUAGAGUGCAGCUCAUGAGAAGGUGGAGGAGAUCCAAAAAGAAGUAUGCCCUGCUAAACGACAUGAACAACAGGAAAAGAAGAAAGAAGGGCGAAGCGUCCAAUUUGGAAAAUCCACAAAAUCGGAAUGAAGACAAGUCGGAGCUAAGCAACUACUUCUACUUCGUGCGGGAAUAUGACGUACAAAAAUUAUACACCCUUGAGUCCUACUAUAUUUAUAACAUCGAGAAUUAUAGGAAGAGAGAAUAUUUGGAUGACAUGAACAAGGAAGAAUACGAACAUUCGAACAAGAAGCUAUUCUAUUUGCACAUAUCGAAAAUAGUGCACUCCGUAAGGAGUGAUAAAAGCAGCGGAAAGAAAACGGGGGGUACAGAAAAGGAACAGAAAACAAGUGCGGUCUUUUUGUUAAAUCCGAGUGACACGUCGAACUCUAUCUUCCACGCGCUCAUAUCGGAUGAGUACAAGUUGAAAUUGGCCGAAAUUUACGACAAGGAGAGGGAAGCGCUCCGGGCGGACAAGAAACAACACACGCUGGAAGAACAAAUUGACGAAGCGAAGAAUGAAAUAGCUCUGGUGCGGAAGGAGUUCAAACCAAAUGGGAGCAAAGAAAGGGUCAUACAGAAGAGACCGUUUUGUGGAAAGAAAAAAUCGCAAAGGGGAAAACAUUCAGCCGUUACACAGCAUGAGGAGAUAAAAAAAUAUUUAAAGAAAAACAUAAGAAGGAUGGCGAACCGGAAUCUAACAAAUGGCAUGAUAAACCAAUUUUUGAAUUGCAAAAAUGAUGAAGUUGUUGUUAUUCCGAUAAAUGAAAACAUUUCCGUGUACAUAUAUUUCCCGCUACAAUUUUAUUACUUGAGGAAAUUUCUGUGCAAAAGAGAAACAACAUUUUUAAGAUCACUCAUAAAGAGUAACUGCAUCAACUUUGAUCAUAAAAAAAGACAUUUCGUAAAAACGUACGACGAUAAGUACAUCAUCAAAGAGAUAAAUAAAUAUGAAUUUAAAUCUUUCAUUACGAGAUAUAAAGAAUUUUUUCAACAUUUUUCGGACAUAUUUUUUCAAGGAAAAAAAUCGCUCUUAUGCUUCAUGUUCGGACUGUACCAAAUAGAAAUUAAAAAGAGGAGCAGAAAAACUGUUAAAGCGUAUAUCAUUUUGGAGAAUGUAAAAAUCGAAAAUAGGAACUCGAAAAUUUUAAUUUUUGAUAUUAAAGGGGCAAGGAAAAAAAAAAAUUUACAAAAACUGAUGAAGCAGAAUAAGAAGAGCUCCUCCUUUUUCGAACGAGAUGAUGCGUUCUCGUACAACUCCUUCAAAACGACGGAGGAAAGAGACAUGCUAGACGAUAAUUCCUCCGGAAUAUCGGAAAAUCUGGGCCAUUUUACCAGAUACAUUCGCAGGGAAAAGAAGAUUAACUUUAAGGGCGCAGCGGUGUCUCCCUCGAGGGGGGUGGAGAGGACAAACGGCCGGAUGAUUAAACUGGAAAAUGGGCGAACGAACAAACGGACGAAUACGUUUUAUAACAAAACGAGGUACUUGGACUUCCUCUCCGCGGAAAAGGCCCACACAUCGAAGGGGGCGCGAAAAGGAGAAAACAAUUCCAAACAGGAUGGUGCAGACGAAAUGGAAGGUCUUCAAAAUGGUAUGGAAGUUUCUGUACCCAACGCAGAAGGGGAAAGAAUGCACAAUCUCAUAACCCGGGGCGGCAAAGAGGGAGCAGGGAAUAAGAAACGUAGAACGCCGAACGGAUUAAGCAGCCAAAAUAACGAAGAAAGGGUGAGGAAGGUGUCUACAAAAGUUAGGCAAAAAAUGCUAUGUGGAUUGUUGCGGCAACGUCUGGUUGAACGGGGUAGGAAACUCCAUAUGAAGAGUAGAUUGAAUAAAAAUUCCUCACAAAUCCGUGUGGAGAAAACACGUGAUCACAAGAAUUGGCGCAUCUUCACAAAUGACAUCGUACAUCAUACCAGGAUGUUCCUAUCUUUGAAUAGCAAAAUGACGAAGCUACGGAAGAGGAAAAAUAGACGUAGGGGGAAAGGCACCAAAAGGAUCCGAACCAAAUAUUUCUGCAGCACGAAGGCGUCACUGCAUUUUUUGGCCAGAAAAAAGAACUGCAUUUUGAAUAGAGCUAAUUUGAGCAAGCACAAAUUAAGGGGAGAAGUUGUAUGCGCCCCCCAAGGUAGUACCCCCUCACGGGAAGGAACUUACAGCUUCUUAGACAAAGAAGUGUCAGAUAGUAAAAACAUGGAGAGCCUAAAUUCGAUGGAAAAAUAUAACAACUUCGCAAUAGAGAAUUACAAUUGCUUGAAAAAUUAUACUGUCCUAUUUGAUGACAAUUUUAAAGACUUCAUCAAAUGGAAGGUGAUAAAUUUGGAGUACUGUGAUUACAAAGAUCUCAUGGAUUCAUUAAGAGAAGAUACUGACUUCCUAUCAGGGCAGGAUAUCAUGGAUUACUCCCUUCUUAUACACAUAGACGUGGCAAAUUUUGUAAUAAUUUUUAAAAUUAUUGAUUAUUUAAGACCAUACACGUGGGACAAAUCGGUGGAAAAUUUCAGCAAAAGUGUGCUAUAUUUGACCAAGGGAUAUAGACCAACUAUUAUACACUCCGAAUAUUAUAAAAAGAGAUUCCUGAGUAACAUUAAAAAGUAUAUUUUUUAUUAUCUUCCAAUCUAUGCUCUUAAAAGAAAAAUUGUCUUUAAAAUUGCAGAGAGGAAGGGCUCCUUUUCUGUAUUCACCCUAAGUAGAAGACACCCCUUCAAAGUGUAUUUUUUUCACCAACUUUUUAAUUUAAUAAUAAGGUACUAUAAUAAUUACUAUAUUUAUAUGAAAUAUUUUAAUGUCCAUCAGGCGUUUUUGCGUAAGUACUCAUUUGUAAAUAUUUUCUCGAGCCAAAAUCUGCUUACUUUUUUAAGCUACUAUCAGAAGGAAUGUUACUUACAGAGUUUGAAGGAAAAGAAAAGAGAUGAUGCCCAACUGUGUGAACAUUUUUACGUGCAAAGUGUACUAUAUGAAGAUGAUUUUUCAACACCGGACAGUUUUUCAAACCCUCUGAAGAGCGAAAUUGUACUACGUAAUGGAAAUUUAAAUAGAGAAAUAAUGUCGCGCUAUUUUGAUACCAACAAAGUGAAUAGCAAUUCGUCUUAUCUGUACAGAGAAGCGUCGACUACCAAAAUGCGAGAGGAUGACGCUCAUGUGUAUAGCCUCGUUUUUCCGUACUGUACAUUGGAUGAUCGUGGCCACCCCCAGAAUGGCUGUGCUGCCACAUGGAGGGACGUUGAAGGCCACCAGACGGGUGAUACGAAGUGCGACACACGAUGUGACGAUCAUGGCGGGGGCAUUCCUUUGGUCCGCGAAGAGAACAAUCCAUUGCGAACGAACAAUCAUGCGAAAGCGAACGGGGAGCAAACCAACGGGCAGACGGAUCACCCCAGCGACGGCAUGGCAAACAUGCCCAACUUUUUCAGCCAUAGUGACUCCUUUGACGAACGGGAGUACGAAAAAUUGAAAAAACAAUUUUAUAAAAAAAUUUCCAACUUUCAAAUAAAAAUUUUGAAGAAGUUGCAAAAAAACAAUUUUAAAAUAGAAGGCAUUUCUCAGCUCGUCCAGAACAACGUGUACAUUCACAUGACUGACACGAAGAUGCAUUACACAAACAUGAAUUAUCUGGACGUUUUUAACAUUUAUAACAUAUGUGAGAAAGGUUUUCGUUUGGGGAGCAAGAGGUCCAAAUGCCGCAAAAAGGAACAUACCCUUUUGUACGUUCCGUCCUACUUCCUCUUCGCGCUGAACAAGAACUGA